AUGGAGUAUAAAAACGAAGCAGGUACACAUUUAAACUGGGAAUACACAUCGACGUCUUCUGUACCUAUCAUACAGAAUGAACUAUAUCUUUUCAUUAUGUCAAUAAGUUUAGGUAUUAUUUGUCAGAUUGUCAGCGUUUUUGGAGUUAUAAACAACGUUAUCAACAUCGUCAUCUUCGUAAAACAAGGUUUUACAGACACUAUCAACAUUAGCUUGUUGGCACUGGCGGUGUCAGAUUUGUGUUCCUUACUAACUAUAAUGUGGUCCAACCUUUGUUUCACACGCGCUUUCCAGGAAUCAGGUGUCCCAUUAGUGGCGUAUGAGGUACAGCUAAUCAGUGGCAGUUGGCCGCAUGUUACCUUUACUAGAACUACCGGGUGGAUAACUGCUUUUAUUAGCUUUGAAAGAUGUAUGUGUGUUAUCUUUCCUUUAAAAGUUAGAACGAUAUUUACGCCAAGAAGACAUAUGGCAAUCAUGAUAACGAUUUAUGUGGUAACUGUAGGGUGCUCCACUUUGGCCUACGUGUCUCUAGGACUGGAGUGGCGGUUUUACCCUGAGAGAAACAAAACCCUUAUAAGACUAGCUUAUCACAUGGACGCCCAUAGAAGGAAAAUCACAGACGCGGUAUCGUACGCAGUGAAUGGAGUGUUCAUGCCUAUGACUUGUUUCUUGUCUAUAGUUGUCUGUACCGCGGUGCUGGUAAUCAAAUUAAACCAACAGACAUCAUGGAGACAGACACACUCGUCCACUGCCAACCAAGAACAGAUAUUAAAGACCAACAAGCUAGUUAAUACAAAAGAGAGGAGAGUAGCAAAUAUGGUUGUCCUUAUUUCUGCUAUAUUCAUAGCUUGCUUUAUCCCUGCAGUUGGUAUUUUUGUUGCUGGGUAUAUUGAAUCGCAACUCAGUUACGACGGGCGAUACAAAAAUCUGUUUCUAGUGACACUGUCUGUAUCGUUUACAGCAGAAGCCAUUAACUCCAGCAUCAAUAUUUUCGUCUACUUUGGGAUGAGCACGAAGUACAGAGAAACAUUUCUACAUAUAUUCCGUUUACAAAGAACUCUGAGUACAGAAAGUCUGAACAAGUAA